GUUUGUUGCUGAUUGCCUUCGAGAUAUUAGGUAUUUAUGGAGACGUUAGCAGGAAUUAGCUCAAUAGUUGCAAUGGAGUCAUCAAAUAAACCAGAAAGGGAGGGAUCCUCUAUGUUUCUGUUGAGGAGCUUUGGCAGGAGUCUCAAAGAAUUCCUCAAGAGCACGGGCCUGCAUGGACUGAAGUUUGUGGGAGACUCCAGUCUCAGCAGUUGGGAGAGAUCAUUUUUCCUUUGCUCAUUUGUGGUCGCCUUGGUGAUCACAUGCAAUCUCAUCGUGAACAUCUACGCCAAGUGGGAUAGUACACCGGUGAUAAUUGGGAUCAGCCCACAGGCCACCUCCAUUCUGAAAGUUCCCUUUCCGGCCAUCACCAUAUGCAACAUGAAUCAGGUUCAGAGCAGCCAGGUUUCCCAUUACAAAGAAGGCUCCGAUGAAAGUGCUAUCUUGAAGCUGUUGUGUAAUUCCGAAAUCGACGACUCUGAUGACCUUGAAGAUGUUGUGAAACGCAGUAGUUUUGCUCGGAAUACCCUCAGGAUAUCUGAUUUUGUUUCGAAUCACUCGCAGCACUGCGAUACAAUGCUGCUCUACUGCAGAUUCAAUGCCGUAGAGCACAACUGCUCGCACCUGUUUCAACCGCUCCUGACGGACGAGGGGCUCUGCUGUGUAUUCAACUUCCAGCCACCAGAGUUCCUCUACAAGCCAUUUUCAAAAAGCAAACGAAAUUUAACAAUGAAAAAUGGGUUUGAGGCGGUCAAAUGGAAUCUAGAGACAGGUUAUCCCGACAAAUUACCAGCCAAAUAUUAUCCAGCGACAGCCAUUGGGACUGGGAUUGCACUGGGAUUUAGUGCUGUUCUCGAUGCUCAGAUGAGCGAGUACUACUGCUCCUCUACCAAUGGACCCGGCUUCAAGGUUUACUUCCACAAUCCAACCGAAGUGCCUGUUGUUAAGGAGGCAGGACUCAUCACCGCCAUCGGCUAUGAAACCAACUACCGCAUGGAGGUGGUACGAGCCGAGGCAGUGCCAGCCAUUCGCUCCAUUUCUCGGGAUGGUCGCCAGUGCCUUUUCGGAAACGAGAAGGAACUGAUCUUCUACAAGACCUACAGCCGGCUGAAUUGCGAGCACGAAUGCAUGGCAGGAUACUUGUAUGAGUCGUGUGCCUGCAUACCCUUUGACUAUCCGCAGAUCUACAGCAACGCCACAAUGUGUGGCAUGAAGGACACUCUCUGCCUGCGUCGGGCCCAACAGGCUGCCAUCCGACCUGAAUGGGUCAAGUGCCGGCAGCAGUGCCUGCCCAGCUGCUUCGACCUCAGCUACUUGGCCAGCGGCUUCUCCUUUCCCCUGGCCACUAGCAAAUUCCAGUUGGCCAAUCCUCUGGUGGAGAGCAUGAACAAAUCGUAUCUGAGUGAGAACAUAGCCGUCAUCAAUGUCUACUACCGUGAGUCCGUCUACUACGGCAAUAUGAAGAAUGCCUAUGUCGGAUUGACAGAGUUCCUGUCUAACAUUGGUGGCGUGAUGGGCCUGUUUAUGGGCUUUAGUGUAAUCUCACUGGCCGAAAUCUUUUACUUUCUUCUUCUGAAACCCCUCGUAGAACUCUUCAUGUGGAAAAGAUCACCACAGGUUGACAUAAAGCAUAAUGCAUUUGCCAUAGAAAAGCCGGGGAUUUCCGAUAAUGAAGCCAUGUGGCAUACACGAGAACUGUAUCCCCAGGGUCUAACGCUAAAGUUCAGCAGAAAAGUAAAGAGAAGUCGAAAUAGCUCAAAUGUAUUCCCCCAGUGAGCAAUAAUAGAACCUUAUAGUUCUACCACAAAAUUGCAAAUACAGUGCUUGCUAAAUUA